AUGGAGCUCAAUGGCUCAAAUUUAUCACAUGAAAACACAAAUUCUGCAUAUAAUAGAAAUAUUGAAGUGAAAGCUUUUGAAGAAUCAAAAGUUGGUGUAAGAGGUCUUGUGGAGAGUGGGGUAACAAAGAUCCCACGCAUGUUUUAUUCUGGAGAAUUGAACAUCUUUGAUAACUCAAACAAUAACACAACAUUGAGUGUUCCCAUCAUAGACCUCAAGGGCAUUCACGUUGAUCCAGCUCGUCGUAUUGAGGUAAUUAGUCAAAUUCGAACUGCAUGUAAGGAGUGGGGAUUUUUUCAAGUGAUUAAUCAUGAAAUUCCCAUUUGUGUAUUGGAUGAAAUGCUUGAUGGAUUUCGUAGGUUUCAUGAACAAGACUCUGAAGUGAGGAGCCAAUUUUAUAAUCGUGAUAAUAAAAAGAAUAUUGUUUAUUUUUCCAAUGCUAGCUUGUAUGAAAACAAGUAUGUUAACUGGAGAGAUAGUUUUGGAUGUUCUAUGGCUCCUAAGCCACCCAAAUCUGAAGAAUUUCCUGAAGUUUUAAGAGACAUUAUAAUUGAAUAUUCCAGCAAAAUAAUGGCAUUAGGUAAUACUAUAUUUGAGUUAUUCUCAGAGGCUCUUGGAUUGGAUCCAUCUUAUCUCAAAGAAUUGAAUUGCUUAGAAGCACUUUAUGUUCAGGGUCAUUAUUACCCAUCUUGUCCUGAACCAGAGUUAACUAUGGGUGCAUCCAAGCACACUGAUCCUGGUUUCAUGGCAAUAGUUCUACAGGAUCAAUUGGGUGGUCUUCAAGUUCUUCAUGAGAAUCAAUGGGUUAACGUUUCUCCUGUGCAUGGAGCUCUUGUUGUCAACGUAGGAGAUCUUUUGCAACUUAUAACAAAUGACAAUUUUGUCAGUGUUUUUCAUCGAGUGUUAUUAAGUGAUAAAGGACCAAGAGUUUCUGUAGCUAAUUUCUUUGGAAAUCUUUAUGAUUUGGAUGAAUCUUCGUCAAAGGUUUACGGUCCUAUAAAGAAAUUGUUAUCAGAAGAAAUCCCACCGAUCUACAGAGAAACCAGCUUUGAAGAAUUCAUGGCACAUUAUCUGAAGAAGGGAUAUGAUGGGAGCAAAGCCUUGCAACCUUUUACGUUGUAA